GUGUUGUGGUGGGCGGGUCUUCCUCUGUGGAGACAUCAGUUGUUUAAAAUGUCUCCCUAACAACCGAACUGAGAGUCAAACACAAGUUUAUUUUGGACAAACGCCACGUAAGUUACACACUUUUAUUCAUCCACCUCCUCGUCGCUGUGUCUAUUUGACAUCUCCGAUACGAUCUUUUCUUCAUAUUCCGUCUGCUUUUCUCAGUACGUUGAUUUGAAGGAGAAACAUCAGCCGGUAGCAUCAGCUGUUUGCUAUCAUGGAUGCUAGGCUAAUUAGCCGGGAACCUGUAAGGCUGCUAACGCUCUCAAAUAUCAUCCUGCGGGGUCUUAUUGAUAAACGUGCAUUUAUAUGUGAUUUAUUUACGGUAGGAAGAGCUGAGCCACAUCCAUGUUUGAGCCUGUUCGCCCCGGUGUAUCCUCUGAGGCUCUGCAUGAUUCAGAUGGAUGUUAGCUGCAGAUGUUAGCCUGUUUGGAAACACUAGACUGUCUGAGCUGACUCUCAGAGAUCUCUGCUAACCUAUGUUUCCUUUUUCAGGAGUCGGGAUGGCUGGGACUGCCGAGGUGAAGAAGGAGGAGGCCGACUACAAGAGGAUGCACAGUUUCCCUCUGAUCAGGGUAAGAGAGAGAGAGGAGGACAGAGUCUGAGGGUGGAGGAUCAUCAUCCUGAGCACUGCUGGGACAGAGUUUACAUGAUCCUCUAAUGCUGUGAAGGAUGAGUGUUGGUGUAGAAAUGAAACUCUUCAGUCUCCUGUGAAAGUGUGUGAGAGAGCAGUGUCAAACCCUCAACUGGAACCAGUGUUCCCAGAUCAAACUGACAGUUUCCAGACCAAUCCAAUAAAAACCAGUCCAAACCAGAAAGUUUCCAGACACCCAUGUAAACUCGUCAAAUCAGAACACAUGCAAUAGAAACACUCGUAAGUAUCCAGAGCUUCAUACAGCGUCAAAUAAGCACACAUAAAUAAUGAAUAGGUUUAACUGCAACAAACAAGAGCGCAGUAGUUUAGUUUAGUUUAGUUUAUUGAGGAUCCCCAUUAGUCUACACCGCAGUGGAGACUAUUCUUUAUCACACAAUCACAAAAAAAUUCAUACAAUACAGUACAGCAUGAUCAAUAAUAAAAUCUUGUAAUGCAAAAAUAGCAAAAACAAUAAAUAAAAAAAACAAUAACUUGGAGUUUACACAAUAAUGUUCGUACCAAAGAUAAAAAGAGCAAUAUAAAAACAGAUAUAUAUUUUUAGCAAAAAUUAAACAAAGAACUAAUGGCCUACAAUAUACACAUUGGUGUACCUAAAGACAAAUAAUAUUCUCAGUGAUGAAAAAGUACCAUAAUGAAUAAAAUAUGACAUAAAGUACAUAAAAAUCAAGAUAAUAUCAAUAUAAAAACAAUAACCAGAAACUGAAAUGAAUUUAAGCAAAAAAUAAGUCAGAAGAAGAUAAAUGAACCAGUCAUGACGUUAGUAAUCUCUUUCUGCAAAACUUCUCCUCUCAGUCUGUUCUUUAAACCCACUCUGCUGGUGAUUGAUACCAGAUAUUGUGGAGGUUGAUUCCAGGAGGUGAUUGCUCUAUACAUAACAGUCUUUAGUAUCAGCAGUAAAUCAACCAUACUCAGACAGGAGUCGGUCUAGUUAUCUGUCCCUGUCUGUGAUCAGUUGUGUUUAUGAGGAUAUUUGAUUUUUGUUGAUAUUAUUGUUGAACUCAUUUUGGUUGAUGCUUUCAGACUCUCACUCACUUUUGUUUUCAUUGAGAAGAACACUUGAAUGUACCUGUUACUCUCAUUAUGAUGUGAAACAACAUUUCUGCCGCCUGUUUCCAACACUUCAAAAUUCUUCACUAACACUUUCCUUGACGCCCAUCUCUAUAACGCACUAUAAAUAUAUUUAUAAAGUGUUAUAAUCACUUUACAGUAGGGAUGCACGAUAUUUAUCGGACCGAUAAAAUAUCGGCCGAUUUGGGGGGAAAUUACGUCAUUUUUUUAUCGGUCCGAUAGGUGCAUUUUUCCGAUAGAAAGAUCCGAUAUAUUAAUGAAAUUACGAGUAACGUUUGCAGGCGGAGUAGCCGCCCGUCCGAGACGCGCUGGUCACGUCGUCUAUCGCGCCUUACUCGCAGGUCCCAAGCCUGACCCCGUCACUGCCUGUCAGAUGAUAAAAUGUCUUCACCAGCAUGGUCGUUUCUCUCAGUGGCAGAAGAUGACAACAGCUGCUAUAUGCAAAACCUGUUCAGCGAGGAUUCCGAGAGGAGGAAAGAAGACGUCAAGUUUUAACACAACGAAUCUGAUAGCUCAUCUGAAAAGUCGCCAUCGCGGCGGAGCAGUAUUAAAGGACUAUGAGACAGCCGCCGAAGCUGCUAGCGGUACUAAAGCUAAGACAACAACACUACGGAGGAUCGAUGUCCCCAUUCAGCAGGCGUUUAAAAACUGCAAAAGCCUCUCAAGAGACAGCGAAAAGGCUAAAGCCAUUAACGACAAAGUGAUGGAGUUCAUAGCGGUCGACGACCAGCCUUUUUCCGUCGUUGAGAACCCGGGUUUUCGUAAGUUAAUAGCACACUUGGAGCCACGUUACACUCUCCCAAGCCGCCGCUUCUUCUCGGAUGUGUCUCUUCCUGCACUCUAUGAUAUUGUCGCCACAUACAUUCACAACCUGAUCGACAAGAACGGACUACACGUGAGUUUUACCACAGACAUAUGGACGUCAGAUGUUAGUCCGGUCAGCAUGCUAAGCCUAACGUCUCAUAAUGGCUCCUUUACAGUUUACAGUUCUGUUGAACAGUUCAGGGGAUCAAAUGAAGUUCUGCUUUUUGCUCUGUUAUUGUUAUUUAUAGCAAAUGACCACAUUUGAAGAGCCAAAAACUUUAGUUUGUUGUUCUAGAUAGGCCAGAGCAACAAAAACAUCAGUUUUCAAUCGCUGCAUCCUGCACAAACUGCAGAUUAUAUGAAGAUUAUAAUAAAUGUAAAAAUAUGAAUUUAUCGGUUAUCGGUAUCGGUUGAAAUUUUUCAUAUCGUGCAUCACUACUUUACAGCACUAUAUAACUGUUGUUAUAAACACUAAUAAUUGAUCAUAAUGCUUUAUAGCAAUAAUCGUCGUCGUUUUCUUCCACUUCAUCCUGGUCCGGGUCGUGGGGGCAGCAGCUUCAGGAUGGAAGCCCAGACGGCCCUCACCCCGGCCACUUCCACCAGCUCCUCCGGGGGGAUUCCCAGGCGCUCCCAGACCAGGAGAGAGAUAUAAUCCCUCAACCUGGUCCUGGGCCGACCACGAGGUCUCCUCCCGGUGGGACAUGUCUGGAACACCUCUAACGGAGGCGUCCAGAAGGCGUCCUAACCAGAUGCCCGAGCCACCUCAGCUGACUCCUCUGGACGUGGAGGAGCAGCGGUUCUCCUCUGAGCGCCUCCCGAGUGUCCGAGCUCCUUACCCUAUCUCUAAGGCUGAGCCCGGACACCCUGAGGAAGAAACCCAUUUCAGCCGCUUGUAUCUGCGAUCUUGUUCUUUCGGUCAUUACCCAAAGUUCAUGACCAUAGGUGAGGAUCGGCACGUAGAUCGACCGGUAAAUCCAGAGUCUCUCCUUACGGCUCAGCUCUUUCUUCAUUACGACUUAUCGAAGCGUCUUCAGCAUCACUGCUGACGCCGCCCUGAUCCGCCUGUCGAUCUCCCGCUCCAUCCUACCCUCACUCGUGAACAAGAUCCUGAGAUACUUGAACUCCUCCACUUGAGGCAGGACCGCCCCUCUGACCUGGAGAAGAUGAUCGACCUUUUUCCAACUGUUGACAGUUAAAACACAUUAUAAUACCUGACCUUGUGAGUCAUGAUAAAAUGCUUUAUAAUUAGUGGUGCAACGGAUCAUCAUUGAUCAGUGAUCCGUUCGGAUCGACGUCAUCGGUUCGGCACACACGUUACCCGCGGUUCGAUUUCUGAAAAAAAAAAUUUGGCUUCCCUGUCAACUAUGAUGAGGAAGGAAAGAGGUCAGUGGACAAAACUGCGAAGGUGUGUAGGCACUGUGGCAUAAGAAAGCCAUAUGACAGUGGAAACACAUCGAGCAUGCUCACGCAUUUGAAAGCGACAUCACCCGGGUGUUUUAAUGACAGGUGUUGUGCCGUAGACUGCACCCCUGCCGUAGAACGCACCCCUGCAUCCCCUCCACUCGUUAGCUUCUUAAAGUGGAGAUAAUGAUCUCAUAUUUAAAGAAACACCAGUAUUAGAUCAUGACAACAUGUCAAAUGGAGCAGCAAACUUUCAUUUUCUUGUUAUGUGUCUCAAAAAUGCAAAUAUGGAGGUGUACUUGGGUAUAAACUGUACAGAAAGCUGUCCAGGUAGAGAGCAUUAUAUUUUCGGGACAGCAAUAUUCCAAGGGCUGUUGUUUUUGGCUUCUUUGAAUAGCCUGAAUGAAAUUAUUACAGGCAAACGCUUUUGAAUCCAUCCAAUGUAAGAAAAACUUGGAUUAUUUCGCCUCGUUAUGUACUUUAAACCGCGCUCCCGUCAGGGGGUGCAUUCUACGGCAGGGGUGCAUUCUAUGUCACAACACCUGAGAUAAAACGAAAGCUGGCCAGCAACCGCUCAUCACCGCAGCAUUUAAGCAGCCUCUUCCUGCGCAAUCCGACCGGGUUAAAGUUAUCACAAACGCCAUCGGUGUGUUUAUAGCUGCAGACAUGAGGCCGUAUUCAGUUGUGCAAACGAGGGCUUUAAAAACAUGCUGAAAGUGCUUGAGCCACGUUACAAUAUCCCACCGCGCACACACUUCAUUUUUGGUUCAUUGUUACAUUUUAAAGGAAGGAGAUAUGCCUGUAUAUUGCACUUUAAGUUGUUUUUCAUUAAUAAUUAUGUUGAAAAGAAGAUAUUAUGCCGUAUGCACUACUUUUAUAUAUUUUAAUUCAACCAUUUAAGUGUUUAAUAUACAGACAAAACUGCUUUUUGCUGAUCCGAAAAAUGAUCCGAUCCGUGAGUGUUGUGAUCCGUUGCACCACUAUUUAUAAUGUGUUGUGACUAUUGCUAUAAAGCAUUAUGAUCAUUUAUGAGUGUUUAUAGCUAUAGUUACUCAGUGCUAUAACGUGAUAUUAAUGCAUUAUAAAUAAAUUUAUCGUGCGUUACCAGUUCUUCCAUAUUUGCAGACACUGAUGAUGAACUCCUCCGCUGUCACCUGCUGUUUUGCAGUGAGGUUUUGUUCGCCUGUCGCCCACUCAGGUUGGAAAAGAACAGUGCAGAGCUGGAAAUGUGAACUUUGACCUGUUGUGUUUGUCUCCAGCAUACAGACAUGCCAGAGGAGAUGAGGGUCGAGACAAUGGAGCUUUGUGUUACAGCCUGUGAAAAGUUCGCCACUAACAAUGAGGUGAGUGUGUUUUCCUGCGUGGCUCUUUUCAGCCGAAGCGUGUCAGCGCCUCGUCUUUAAAGGGUCAUUAUGUGUUUUUUUUUUUCUGUGUCCCAGAGUGCAGCCAAGAUGAUCAAAGAGUCCAUGGACAAGAAGUUCGGCAGCUCGUGGCACGUGGUGAUCGGCGAAGGCUUCGGCUUCGAGGUCACACACGAAGUGAAGAACCUGCUCUACAUGUUCUUUGGGGGGAGUCUGGCGGUGUGUGUCUGGAAGUGCUCGUAGCACCUCCUCCUCGUUGUCCCUCCUCCCCUCUGACGCUGUCACUGGGCUGGAAACGAACACCAGCUACCAGCCAGACGCUGGUCACACUUUGUUUGCAGCAGGUCAGUUUGUCCACUCAUCCAGCCUCCGUGGCAGAUAAUAAAUCGUGGCGUGGAGAUCUUAUAAGUCAGAAAAUGUUGCUGGCAGGGAAAGUAGCUGAAAGGGAAUUCUAAAUCAGGCAGGCGUAUAAAUAGCCGCCUGCCCUGUCUGUUACGUUCCUCUUUGUUUUCAACCCUGUCCGUCUCUGAAGCCGGAUCCACGGUCCUAAACGUAACUGUGAGCGUGUGAGAGCGAACGGUCAACACUUUUACAAACACUACAGCCAGCCAGGGUCUCCAAAGUCCUUUCUCCUCAUUCCUCUGCAGGGAGAGCGUGCGUGCGUGAGCGACUCAAAUGUUCGUGUGUGCUGGACACACACUUUUUUUGAAAUAAACAUUUCAUCGUCAGCGUCCUGUCUGCACCGUCAUCACUUUCACACGUGUCUUCUUUUCUCUCUCUCUCUGUCUCCAAGCGCACUAGUCUUUCAAUAAAAUUUUAAAUAUUUUUUAUCUGUACAUACUUUGAAGCAAUUUGAAAAACUUCUUUUUAAAUACCAGAGUCAUCUUCUUACAACGACCGGCUCAGAGUCUCCUGAGUCCAACUCCACUAAACCCAGUCCACCUUUUCUCCCUGUGAGGGUGUUUGUAAUAAACCCGGAUGGCUUCCUCGCGCUGGGUGAUGUCAGCAAUGUGAUUGUUUUCAUGGUGAUGCCAGUUGUAACGAUUCAGUGAAAUGGACCAUUUUGUGUCAGAUUGUACAAUAAAUCCUGAAAUGUGGUGAAAUAGGAAA